ACUGUAGUGCAUCCAUGGAGGAGAGUGUGUGCUAACUAAGCCCCUUACAACGAAGCAAUGGUUCUGCUGGUGGCAGUAGCAGAAGUGCUGCUGGUUUUGGGUUUGACUGGGGAGUCUGACUCUGUCUGCUCACCCACUACCUUUUACAAGAACUGCUGGAUCCGACGCUUCCCAGGGCUCCUGCUUGACCUGCAGGAAUCACAGAAGAGAGGAGCUCAGGUGCUGAAGGUUUAUGCAGAAGUCUCACCCCAACAGUGCAGCAGAACCUGCUGCCUUCUGAGGAAUGUUUCCUGCAAUCUAGCAGUGUUCUACCAUGGAGCCAUUCAUGAGAACAUGAAUUGCCUGCACAUGUCUUGCCCAGCAUUGGAAAGUUGCAUACUAAAGGCUGGAAUUGAUGUCAUUUUGUACAACAUCACAACAGGGAUUGAUCCAGAUCUUCUCAUUUUUGAGAAACUGACAUCCAAAGAACCAAAUACUCACCCCUCACCGAGUAAAUAUGUAAAGCAAACCAGCACAAAGACCACCAAGUGGGAAAGAUGCCAACAUCACAAUGCGACAACAAGUUCUCUUCUGCUCCAGGCACCAGCUUCUACCCCGAGCCAUGGCUUAAUAGCAAACCCUUAUACCUCCAGCACAAGCCUCAUGGUCCAAAAAACUGAAAUUACUACUUAUUCCAGGCUAGAAACUUUUCCAACAGAUGAUCAUCUUGCUAAGAGGACAAGAACAACUUCGAUAAGCACCAGGUCAAUCACCAGCUCAGACAAGACGAUACACUCAACUUUGAUAUCUAAGUCUGCCAAGGUAUUAUCCCACAUGCCCAGUCCUCCUCAUCUGAACAGCAGUAAGCAACACUUCAAUGAAACCAAAGGCUACAGUGGUAGGAAUUCUACUUCAGAAAAUGAGGCACCUGCUUGGGAAGCUGCAGCUUUGGGUGUCUGGUUGAUUCCUGUUGUUCUUUGCUCUUCCCUCCUCUGCCUCUGCUGUUGCACUGUUGCUCUCACAGCUGGGCACUGCAGCAACAGGAGAGGUCAGUAUAAGCCCGUAAGGAGGAGAGCAACAGUGUCAAGACAAUUCAUAAAAUACACUGCUGUCAAAGGCAGUGUGUAA